GAAAAAAAAGAACAUGACAGAUUCAGAAGUCUACUUCACCCUUCUCCGAGUAUCCGCUGCGCAAACACUCCGCUCCGCCGGCAUAACCGCAGCGAAGCCCUCCGUCGUCGACGCGUUCACAGGUUUAUCCCUCCCCUCCCCCUUUCCCCCUGCUCCACCUCUGGCUAACACAAUCACUAGAUCUCCUAGCCCGCUAUCUCACCCUCCUAGGCACCACAACCCGCAACUUUGCCGAAUCCGGUGGCCGCACACAGGCAGAGUUAAUAGACGCCCGUAUGGCAAUGGAGCACGUCGGUCUCCUCCGACCGAUAAACAUAUUCAACGAUCCCGGCGAUGACGAUACGGAGGCUGUGGAUGCGCUCGUGGAGUGGUUUCGUGGGCCCCAGGCCGCGGAUCUGAGAAGGGUUGCUGGUCACGCUGAGAAGGAGGGGCAGGUUGGGAAGAGUGAUGAGUGGUUGGGCGGUAGGUUUUGCUCUGGUCUCCUCGGAUUUGAUAUCUAGGGUCGUCGGGUUUGUUGGUUAGUUGGGAGGGAAGGGCUAAUUGAACGGGGUAUAGCCACGAAGAAAUUGUCGGAGAAGAGGAAUACUACGGCAUAAGAUGGGAAUCAGAUGGGCCCUUACGGCGGGGUAAAAAAAAAAAGGGAUCACGGUGCGGGCGGAGUGAAGGAGGAAAGGAAAAGGUGAAAAAACAAACACCAAAGGGACCCCUAGAUACGUGAAAGGGGUGGCGAGAAAGCCCAACCGGAACGGAGGCAUACUUUCGGUAGGCGAUGCACAAAGUAUGUGCAGACCAUCAGGCAAACCCGCGAUACCCGUUUCUUCUUCCCUCUCUUUUUUGACAUGUAUCAUAAUCACGAUCCCCCGCAUUCAUCUUCGGUGCUAGCGGUAUUCCCACAUUCCAUUCACGUACUAGCGAAGGUGUUCUGGGUUUCUUUCUCCCUAUAUAUCCUAUAUACAUCUUGCAUCUUUCUUCCUU